CUGGCUGUAACAUAAAGCAGCAUCAACAGGCUCUGGCUCAGGUACAAAAUAGGCCUUCGCUGCUUUAGCUAAGCUUGCAGUCACGUUCCCGGCAACACUGAACAGUGUCAUGUAGAAAAAGACUGAGUGAUUGGACUGAGCAUGAGAGGGCCGAAACAAGUAAGAAGUAACGUUAGUUGAUUGGAAAGCUAGUGCGACGUGGGUGAGUGAGCGACAUUAACGACGACGCUCAGCUACCGCGUGUGAGGCGGGUUUUCUUUUGGAGAAGCUGGCAUCAUUCGGAGGUAUACAAUAUGGGUGGUGGACGGCCGUUGCUUGAAGGGUGGCUGACGAAAUCACCGCCGUCGUCAGGAACCGGAUUGAAGAGAUGGCGAAAGCGGUGGGUCGUGCUACUGCAAUCGAAGGUCCUCGAGUAUUACGAGGAUGACAAGAAGUCUAAGCAGAAAGGAUCGGUGAAUUUGGAGGACUGUAUCGCAAUCAGGACGGACUUAACAACUGGCAAGAACAAGGGUAAGAAUAUGUUCUGUGUGGAGACCCCGUCACGCUUCUACUACUUCUGCGCGGAGUCGAAGCAACGCGAGGCUGAAUGGGUGGCGAAGAUGAUGGAACUAUGCAAUUUCCCCAUCACAGAAGCAAAUGCAAGAUGCCAAACGAUGGCCGGAGUUUCCAUUGGAAACUCAUCAAGGCCGAUCAGCGAAAACACGGCAGCAAUGAACGGCUCAAUGACGCUGCCGAACUCUGCGCCUAAACCGCGGUCACUAACUGUCGGCGCCUUGAACAGCACGAGCAGCACACCGACGGCGGCAGAGUUCGGGACUGCGGACGACAAUCGGAGAGCGUCGAACAGCGUAGCACACCAAACUGCCCCCGGAAGUGAUUACUACUUGGUGGGCGAGGGCACCGAUGUUACCGAUGUUACCGACGGGCCUGUGCCACCGCCACCCUCGCAGCCCGUGGAGAACGGAGUAGAGUCAGCGGAACGUCUUGCCGGGCGUGUGCAGAGCAUGCAUCUUGGCCGGCCGAUGACGGAGCACGAGAUGAGAGCACUCGAGUCCUACGACGUAGUACCGCUGUCGAACACCAAUGGUGCAGCAAGGAACAGCCUGCGCGGUGGCAGCAUGCGUCACACGCUGCAUCGAGAAACCUCGUCGAGCAGCAACGUGGCAACGUCACCUGAGCGCUACGUGGACUUGCCUAAGGCCCAGUCGGCGGCCAUCUUGAUGUCGUCCGAAUCGCCGGCGCACACCAUUGCACCGAGUCCGUACCAGUACCCACCGCCUCCGCGGCGUGCAAACACGAGCGACUCGGCCGGCUCCUCGGCACCGGCCACGUCAGGCAUGCAUGUUCAGCCAGUGGGCGCCACCGAUCCGAUGAGCGCGUACAGUUUUCCGCAACCGGCCACGUCGGGGAUGCAUGUUCAGGCAGUGCCGGCGGCAGUGGGCGUCACCGAUCCGAUGAGUGCAUACAGUUAUCUACCGCCGCCACGAGCGGCGUCAACUGUAUCGCCGGAACAUCAGCUACAGCAACCAGGCGACGGACAGCAGCAGCAGCCGCGACCUGUUGGCUAUGCAUUGCUAGGACCCGACGACUUGAAAGCGCCACCACCAGUCAUUAACCGAAGCUCCAAACCUCGCACGGACUCUAUGUCUCCUCCAGAUCCAGACGCACCCAACAUUGACAGGAGCAGUAAGCCGAAGACCACCCAGUCGACACAGAGCACCGACUUAGACGGCAUGGAGUUUGAACACAUACCCGUGCCGACGGCGGGCUCAAAGCGCUUCUCCCGGCUUGGCUAUUACGACAUCCCACCGACGGCAGUGACCCCCAUGACUAUGCAGCUAGUCACACAGUACGGCGCAAGUACGUUACCUGUGGUCAGCUCGCGUUUCUCCGAGGGCGACCCGGUCGGCAACUACGACAUUCCGCCAAACUUCCGACCAGGGCCGACCCUGAACGGUGGUGGUGCUCCGCAAGCCGUGCCCGUGCACAUCGUAUCACCCGAGCAGCAACACGUGCUGAUGUCGGGGCAGCUGGGAAACGUGGCAAUCCCACUGGAUACAGCCUUCAUGAUGCCUGGACAAUACCCGCAGCAAUUGUAUAACUUUGACCAGUUGCAGCCGCAGCAGCAGCAGCACGCGGGCAUGGAGAAUGUGCCGAUGCAGAACUAUGACUAUCCGCCAGGGUCCUCGCAGCUACGACACUCGGCGGACCCGAACCAGCACUACGACAUUCCGCCGCCACCAGUGGCCGGACAGGAGCUUCCACCGCCAUCAUCUGCCUACGACUAUCCACCACCAGCGUCAUCGCGGGCCAGCAUCCGUGGAUCCAUGAGUGCAGGGCGCAUGCAAUCGCCGGAGAGCACGUACAACUUCCCGCCGACACCGAUUGCAGCCAACCAAAUCCCCACGGCCAACUACAGCUAUCUACCGCCGCCAGUGAAAGCCGUUUCUCCGGACAUGGCUGCCUACAGCGUACCUCCAGGCGUCGUGCCAGCACGUCCGGACAAGCCUGUGUCACUGCGGACAAGUGCGUCGGCGCCUCAGUUCAAUCCGUCCGAGUACAAUGGCAAUGGAGCUGGCCCAGCGGAAGGCGGUGAAAUGGAGUACAUGGUGAUGGGGAAUGGUGCUGGUGCUGCUGCUGCUGGCGGGGCGCAGAUGGACGACCAGUACACCGACAUGCGCAACACGGGUCCCUCGGCAGCGGAUGAAGCGAUCAGGAUGGUUUCGGGAGGCCCGCCACCGCCGCGCCCACCAAAACCAUCGUAGUCUUUUCAUCCAGCCAGCUGCGAUGUCGGCAGUUAACUGCACUGGUUUUGAUAUACUUGUAACGCCAGUGGAUCUUGAAAUGCACAAGCACACUCAUCCCCUGCCUGGAAAAAUAUAACCAGACCGAGCUUGGCCUGUCCGAUACUUGCUUGCAGUGCCAAAACAACUCAUUCUAGCUGAGCCAUCAUCACUUGAGAAAGAAAUAGAGAUAAGGAGAGAGAGCGUGAGCAAGCGAGAGAGUGAGAAUGUGUCAGUGAGAGAGUGUGUGGGAGAGAGAGAGAGAGAGAGAGAGAGAGAGAGAGAGAGAGAGAGACUCGCAUAGCACCUAAUGACCCGAUACCUUAGUUUACACACCUUCUUGAACGAACGAACUAGUCAUGUUGAUGGUCUACUGUUUACAGUGCCGUCUAUACCCACAAAUGACUAUGCUGCAUGGCGCUACUCUCUGCUCGCCAGCAUAGAUCCAAUGAGGCGUGCAACGCACUGGGCUCAAUUAUGCAUCAUGUGUCGCUCACGCAUGGCAGAAACUCCCAUUUUGAUUUAUAUUUUCUCCUUGAGCUCUCUGAUGUUUAAAGUCUCAUUUUCAAUUUCUAUCAAUCGCCCCUCAAAGAGAAAAUUUAGAAAUCUUGCCUGUAGAUAUUCAGCUUUUUCAUUCGUAACAAAUUUACUGACAACUAAGUUACUUUUGUUUUGCAACCUGGAACACGGUGUUCCCCUGUGCAUUGUGAAUGUGUAUUUGGAUUUCAAAUAAGACAUUGCCACGUUGA